UUCUGGAUUUCGGGUCUUUUUAUUUUUUAUUUAAAAACUACAUUUUUAAGAGUAGGAAAUACCUUAAAUAAGAUAAAUCAUUGGUCUGAUUUACACAUGAAAAUAUUUUAAAAGUAUUUGUUCGUCCCUAUUUUUUUUUGUUCGUAAAGAUGCGAACGUUAUUUGAGCAUCUUGUUUAUACUUUGUCCAUCAUAAGUGUCUAUGAUUUUCUACUUGGGUUGAGAACACUUUUAAUACCAGUACAACGGUAAGCGGGACUGAAAUGACUCUACGAUACCAAGUCACAAGUGGAUGAUCAGGUCUUGAAUCCUUCUGGGGAUGACGACUGGUUCGAUUUCUUUUGACGAGUUCCGAAGUCUGGUUGAAAAAUUUGUCGAUACAUCCAACAAAAUCGAUGACAAAUGGCAUUUGGAAUCUGGGCUCGUAAGUGAUUCAAACAAGAUGAAACUCAAGGGUUUAUUUUUGAAGUUUUCUUUCACACCAAUGUAAUGUAUUUGACAAAUGAAUAUCUAAAAUGAAAUGAAUUUACGUUUUAAAAAAAUGAAUGUUAUCAUAAGUAUUUUUGUUUUCUAAAAAAGUGUUAUGCAUAAAGUAAAGAUAACGAUGGGAACGAUUAAAAAGACAUGUCAGAUAUCUUUACGAAAUUACCGCUUAAAAAACAUGUACAUUUAAUGUUAUUAAUUUAAUCAUUUACAUUUUUGAAAAUAAAUUUUAACGCAGUUAUUGAGGUAUUCGCGUCAUUAGCGAACAGAAUCAGAAAGGGGAGUCGCGAGAAGUUGAUCACGGAAGCCCCCUAACCAUUAGUAAAUAAUUAAAAUAUGACCUACUAAUAAAGAAACAUAACUCUGAAAUUUAAAUUUACUUGUUGCUUGUAGUAUUAUACGCCCUUUAUGUCAUGAUAUCUCAACAUAAAUAACAUUUUAAUAAUUUUUUAAUUAAACAAAUAUUAUUAUUUUACCUUUUUCUAUAAAAUAGUUUUUAGGUUAUUUAUAAUAUAAUGAAUUCAGUCUUUUAACUUAAGUAUUAAACAUAAAAAAAAGCUAAAAUAUUGUGAAGAACAUAAAAUUGAAAUAAUAAAAUUAUAAUUAGAAUAUUACAAUAUUAGGAAAUUCAUUUUGAUAUUGUUUUACUUGGACAUUAUCUGAGAAAUUCUAAAAUGUAUAAUACACUAAAAAUUUAAAGUCUUCUUUCUUUAUUUCACAGGACACAUUAUAUAUGUGCAAGAAAUGUACUAUUACACAAAUUGAUGUAUCAUUGCCCAAGGGAUCACAAUAUAUUUUUAAGACCCCAGCAGUCAACAAAAUGUUACCAACAUUUCCUCAAUCACUGUCAGUACCACAGCUACCUACUGGAGUACAGAUAACUACCUUUACGCAGGAUUCAGAGGAUGACAUUUCAUUAUCUGAAAUGGAAUUGGAGGAUGAAGUUAAUACUAUUACAAAUUUUAAAUUUAAUUUACAUACUCUUUAUUUAUGCACAAACAGAUGCAGAUAUGUUCUUCCACUGUUUGUAAUUACAUUAAUGCUGAAGUAGAUCUCUUGGUACAAUACCACAUCUUGUGCCCCGUUGAUAAUUUUAAAAAAAAAAUAAACUUGUGAAAAUUUCUUCUGAAUUCAACCAUUCUUUAUUGCCAAAGAAAAUUUCAUUGCCUGUGUAUUUAAAUAAUUUGAUUAGAUUGAUAUACAAUUAAUAAAUCAAGCUGUAAGUUGUUAUAUAAAAGAAUUCAUUAUUUUGUUUCAUUUUUUAUAAGGAACAUUAUUUUCUAAUCUUCAAUAUAUUUUUUUUAACAGGAUGAUAUAAGUUGCAUGCCAGCAGGUGAAAUGAACAAUCCUCUAACAUACGAGUAUCACAUUUUAUACAGUGAAAGUUAUUGUGUUCCUGUGCUAUAUUUCAUUGUUUUUAGAGCAGGUCUGGUUUAAUACUCUCCAUCAUGACCCUUAAUAAUUCAUAAUAUGGUUAAAGAGAAUUUUAUACUGCAUUCUGUUAAUUAUUUAUUAUAUUUCAAAUUUUGAAAAAUUCUCAUUCUAUAAUUAAUUUUUUUUUAACAUUUAAAGAUUUCAAAUAAAUAAUAUUAACUAAGAGUUUCUUUAAAGUUAAUACACUGUUUUUGAAAAAGUUCACAAAAACUCUUUUGUUGCUGGUGUUCCAGAUGGUAAAUUGUUGUCCUUAGAAGAGGUCUGGAAAUUAUGCCCAUCUAGCUAUCAAAAAUUAUUGACAGAAAACAAAUGGGCUACUUUAACACAGAUGGUUAGUGAAAUUUUGAAAAAUAUCAUUUGAUAUGCAUGUCAUGUUAGUACUUAAAAUAUACUUUUUAUUUCUUGCACAGAAAUAAUUUACUAAUUUUUAACUUACGAAUGCAUGUUAGGCUCUUUCUAUAUCUAAAUAACAGAAGUCCAAUAUUUUAUAUUAAUUGCCAAAUAAAUCUGGAUCUAUAAUAACAAAAUGAAAGAAAAAAAUAUUGAAAUUAAUUAUGGUGAAAAAGAAAUUCUAUACCAAAUGAUGAGACAAAUUGGCAGAAUCAUUGUGCAAGUGAAUAUGAUGAUAGAGUUAAUACUUUUUUUUUCUUCAAUAGUGUAAUGUAUUUUUUUAAAGACUUGAAAUAAGAUUAAAUCUUUUAAAAUAUAGAGGAACAGUUUUUUCUUGUUGUGUUCUAAGUGAUACAGACAUUUAAAAUGAUGUUUUAAAAUUUAAUUUCCCUCUCUAUAGUUCUUUUACUUUUAGUGAAUAUAAUCUAGAAAACUUAAGUAUUUUUAUUAAUCUGCUCCCUUUUUUUAGUGUGCCAGUUUUUUCAGUUUUGAUUAUUGUUCUAGGAACACCCCAUCCUUGGAAGGCCCUAUUUACAGCUUCACCCAUGUCACACUGCUGACCUCAUGACACAGAUUAUGUCACAUUCUAAGCACUAUAAUAAAAAGUGAGUUCCAUAUGUCUUUAUUUUUUAAAUUUUAUCAAAUUUUUCACUUAAUAUUACCAUUACCAUUUUAAUAUUUAAAAAAAAAAAACAUCUGUAUAAAAUAUAGUCUAUAUUAUUAACUAUAUUGCCCCCAAAAAAAUAAUACGUACAAAAAAUAAUUUUAAGGCUCCAAGAAAUGGUUGAAAAUUAAUAUAAAACAGUGUAAAAAAUUUUUUAUAAAAUAAAUGAAAAACUAGUUUCCAUAAGCAUUUUGUUCUCUCCAUAAUAAUUCUGUUUAUGAUAAUGUCACACCAACUAAAAUGCAAUAACAAUGCAUGGCAAAACGGAAGAAUCUCUGAAGUUAGUGAUUAUCAAACAUGUUUCCAUCAAUGUAAUCUCAUGUCUGUGAAAGUGAAUUUAGUGGACCAUUUGAAAUAUGCCAUUAUACCUAUUAUAAGGGGGAUGGUCUUUGUACUGACUUUUUCAUCAGUUAAGAGUGUUGCCACUGUCAUUUGAAGUAAAGAAUUCUUAUCCAAAAUAAAUGAUAACAGCAUAUUAAGCAAUUAGGAUAAUAUUUGAUUAUGUAUCUGAAAUACUUUUAUAAUUAUAACUGAUUAUUUUAAAAUUAACAUGCCAGGUAUUUUGCAUGAUCUGUUUCAGAAAUUAUCUGGUAACAUGGCUGAGUACAGUAGGACCUUUAGUUGGGCUUCAGAUAUCACCUUCAUACAUGAUAAGUUAAUUAAAUAAUACUGGAAAUUUAAAAAAAAUUCUCAUGACCAAAAAAAGGCACCACUGUUAUCAAUACCCCAAUUUGUUUUUUAUUUACAUUUUUCAUAUCUUUGUUGUAAUUAAAUUCAUAUAAUAUCUAAUUUUUCAUGAGUUUGGUAUUUAUUUUGAAAACCUUUUAAGAAAAUAUGAAGUGCUGCCUGUCCUUCAGAAUACUCACGAGUUCAGAUUCCUGACUGACUUUAAAUCCAGGCAUUCCAUUCAUAACCUAACAUCAGAUAGAGUUAUAAGAUCUAUACAUAUUGACACCCUAGAAACAAUAGUAGGAUACUUUGUGAGGGAGACCCAAGACCCACAACCAAUGGGCACUCUCUACAACCAACCCAUUCAGUGUCUUGACCAGACUUGAUGCUAAUAUCAGUGGACCGUGAGUCUAAGCUCAGUCUGGUUGUCCUGGAUGAGGUUGGAAGCGACCACAAACCGAUCCUCCACCGAAUUUUGCUAACUACCACCAAGGCACGCCUCCGGAAGAGGCACUGGCAGUUUCGGAAAGCAAAUUGGGUGAAGUACGAGACAGAGGUCGAAGCCAGACUGGCUGAGACCCAUGCCAAAGAGCCGGUAGAUCUAAAUGUGGAGUAUGAGUUCUUUGUAAGCACGAUUCUCGAUGUGGCAAAGAAAACAAUACCGAGAACUAAUGGAAAACAAAACUUCAGACCGUACUGGAACAAGACUCUGAAGGAGCUAGUGGAGAAAAGAGCAAAGGCGCGGAGGAGGGCUGCCAAGAAGAAAACACCUGCAACUCAAGCAGCGUACAACUCCUUGACGGCCCAAGUCCGUGCUGAAAUCCAAAAAGCGAAAAAGUCUAAGUGGGUUGAUAUGUGUGAAAACCUCAACCUUUCGGACGGAAGGAAGGUCUGGCGAUUACUUGAUAAUCUCUCUGGCAUGGGGAAGAAGCGAAAUAUCCGCCCCCUAAAAACAUCGGCCGGCACAGAGGCUAGCUGUGCCAAGCGCGCCAACCCGCUAAACAAACAUUUUGCUCAGGUAAGCAAAAGUGCCAGAGACACUGACGAAAGCCGGGCCAUCAAGAAACUCUGGAAGCAGAGCCCAACGAAUGAGACCACACCAGGAGGUUUUCACGGCACCUUUUACAAUAACUGAGUUGCAAACAGCACUGGGGAAAUGCAAGGCAGGUAAAGCUCCAGGCCCCGAUAAAGUCUGCAAUGAAAUGCUCAAGCGUUUGGGCAAGACCGGC